AUGGAAAAAAUGGAACUUGUGAAUGUAAAUGAUAACUCUUUCGAUCCAACUCCAAAAUUAAAAUCUAGCCCAAUACCGAUUUUGUUUGUUUCUUUUAAUGAGAAGGAUGAUAACUGCUUUCAUUGUGGAGAAAAAUACGUUGAAUUGUCUUUUUGUAGGAAAAAAUAUUGCAAAAAAUGUUUUUCUCACUAUAUCACUUAUAUAGAUGACAUUAAUACAUACUUGGAUGUAUAUUUCACAAUGAACAUAAAGUGCAGUGAACAUGAAACAAGUAACUUAAAAAAAUCACAAAAUAUUCAAGAAUAUUGUAGAAAUUUCUUAGAUAUUUUAUACUUUAAACAAAUACCCACAGAGUAUCUUAUUAAUUAUGAUUUCGAUUUCUAUUAUGGUUCAUUCAACAAUAAGUUGUAUGUUAAUGUGAUUGAAAGCGUAAAUUAUUGUAAACUGUGUAAAAAAUCAUUAUAUCAAGGAACAGAUACAAUUGUUAUGCACAGUUUCAAAUUGUGUUCAGAUUGUUAUCUAAUUUCUUCCGAAUGGAUAGAAUCAACCUUGACUAAAAAACCAAUUCCAAUUACUUAUUUGCCAUGGUGGGAUAAUACAUCUUGUUGCGGGGUUUGUAAUUCAAAAUUGAAAAUUAUAUCAGAAUGUCAAAAGUGUUGUAUAAAGUGUCUUACAGUUUAUAUUGGAUGUAGAUAUUGUUUAACAACAAACAUAAUUUUUGGAUUAACAAAUCAAUCUAAAUGUAAAAAAUGCAAAAGAGUAUCAUCUAUUAUUUUGGAUAUCAUGUGUAUUAACACCGGGAAUAGUUAUUUAGAUGAUUUUAUUCUUAAUUUAAGGCUUAACAUUUCUAAUAGUAUAAAAAUAGCUGAGUUUACUAACAGAAUAACAAAUUUUAACAAGUAUUUUCUUCCAGUUUCAAUGCAUAUUCCUGUUAAUCAGCUUGGUGAAAUAUUUAAAAAUAGGCAUUUAGAAUGGAUACCAUAUUAUCAAUUUGUAAAUGUAAAAGAAAUAGCAAAAGGUGGAUUUGGUGUUAUAUAUAAAGCAACUUGUUUAAAUGGGAAAAUUGUUAUUUUAAAAAGAUUUAAAAAUUCUAAAAAUAUUAGCAGAUAUUUUUUGAAUGAAUUAAAAUCAAAUUAUCAAUGUGGCUGUCCUUCUAUUAUUAAAACUUAUGGUUUUACGAAAGAUCCUGAAUUAGAGGAUUAUAUGUUAAUUAUGGAAUAUGCACUUAAGAAUAUUCAUGAAACAAAUUUUAUACAUCGAGAUUUCCAUAGUGGAAAUAUAUUACGUGAAAUAUUUAAAGCAUUUUCCAAGGAAUCUGAUAUUUAUAGUAUGGGUAUGAUUAUGUGGGAACUUACAACAGGCUGUAGGCCUUUUGCUAAUGUUGAACAUGAUAUUCACCUUAUUUAUAAAAUUAUUGAUGGGUUACGGCCUAAAAUUACAGAAGAUACACCAGAAUGUUAUGCUUGUUUAAUGAAAAGUUGUUGGGAUCCUAACCCCAAAAAAAGACCUUCUAUAGCAGAAAUUUAUCAGACUUUUGAAGACUGGCGUAAUAAUAACGUAAAUAGAGUACAGUUUCAUCUAGCUGAAAUAAAAAGAGUAGAGUUAAUGAAAUCAAAGAAACUUGGUCCCAAAUUUACUGAAAAACAUUCAAAAGCUAUUUAUACAAGUAGGUCAUUAAGCGUUUACAUUUCAAAGAUUUCAUCUAUCAAUUUAUCAAUAAAUUCAUUUGAUAAUAAACAAGAUUACGCAUCAAAAGAUCAAGAGCUUGAUAUAGAUAUUGAUAUUGAAAGUAACUCUUCAAGUGAAUUUAUAAAUUCUUCAAGAAACGAAUUAAAUAUUGAAACUUUUUAUAGUAAUAAGGAAACGUGUUAA